AUGAAGUGGUACAUUGUCUUUGCUGAUGUGGCUCGCUCCAUGGGGGCCAAGGUUGUGAUUGCAAUUGAUGUCGGAAGCCAGGAUGAAACCAAUCUGACCAACUAUGGUGACUCACUGAACGGCUGGUGGCUGCUGUGGAAACGAUUCAACCCACUGGCUGAGAAAGUCAAGGUUCUGAACAUGGCAGAGAUCCAAACCCGACUUGCUUACGUCUGCUGCGUACGGCAGCUGGAACUGGUCAAAGACAGUGAGUAUUGCGAGUACAUUCGACCUCCCAUCAACCACUACGGCACACUAGAGUUUGGCAAGUUCGACGAGAUUGCUGAGGUUGGAUACCAGCACGGGAAGACAGUGUUCGAUGUGUGGCAGCGCAGCGGGGUGGUGGACAGUAUGCUGAAGGACAGACAUCAGGAAGACUUCCACAAGACCAAACCUGGCGAUAUGGUCACCUGCCCGAACGCCUCUUUCACAGACCUGGCGGAGAUUGUGUCAAGAAUAGAACCUGUGAAGAAUGCCCUAAUCAAUGAGGAAAUGUCUGAUGAAUACCAGACAGACUAUGAUGAGGAGGCGGUGGAAAGUGCUCUGUCUGACUUCGAGGCGUUCACCGCCGGCAGCGAGCAAACAGAGGGAGAGGAGACAGCGGACACGGCUGAAACAGAUGAUGAAAUUCAAAUCCGAGGUUGACCCCAACCGAAGAAUACUCCACAUAAUCUUAGGACGUAGCAUCCAUCAAUGCUGCGACUACCUGCCAAGCUACUGGUCCACAACACACAUGUGUGAACGAAGUAGGGUACAGACAUGUUGCUGAUACCCGUGUCCAGUGACUUGCUCAAGGACACUUCAGCAGAACACAACUGUUAAUGAAUGCAGUAAAUUUAAGUAUCAAACCUGCUAGUAAAAGAAGAUCGUUUUUAAUUGUGUCAUGAUCCCCAGUGUGUCUCUCAGAAGGUGAUUUUAACUCUUCAGUGACAACCCAGGUUUGUGCUUGUCGUGGAGUACGUGAGACACUGUGCGUCUGUUAGAAGAGUGAAACUGGGAAAAUACAAAGAACUCCAUCAGUCCCCGAGAGGAAGUGCAAGAACAGCAGGGAACUCUUUAAAUGGGCUAACAACAGGGUGUAUUAUUUUUAUCAAACAUAAAUUAAAGUGUAUGUAAGCGAGGAUUUAUGAAAUUGUACGGAAAUGCACUACAGUCUUUCAACAUAAAUUUCAACAUAAGUAGUGACACUUUUCUGACAGUUUUAUAUAUAGCUGGUUCAUACUAUAAUAACCUCAGAGUGCUGAAGCAUUAUACUUUACCUCAUCAUGUUAACUUAUAAGUUCAAACAGUAAACAUAUGUUCUCUGUGUGCCUGCAGUAAACUUCAAGUAGUGUUAACCUCAUUUCUGUAUAGGAGGAUUUCUCCUUUUUCAGAGCAAAGCCAUGUGCACACUCUAGGUGUGACAAAAUAAUGUGGACUGUGACUAAUAAAC